UCAAUGGUUGCUGUUUAGUCAUUCAAUAAUCGAAAGCGCUAUUGAAUUAGCUGACCAAUUUAUGUGGUUCCCAUUAGUAUAAAUUCUGAGCCGGUAUGAACAUCGCCAACUUCCUGCUGGGAUCAAUUCCCUUGAUGCUACAGUUCUAUGCAGAAACAUAUCGCGAAGCGGAUUACAAAAACACAAUUUUUGAAUUGGAAAGUCAAUUUAAUGUUCCUAAGAUCAAAUUUUACGAUUUUAUAGUGGUUGGCGGAGGAUCAGCUGGUUGUGUAUUAGCUGGACGGUUAUCAGAUCACUUUAACGUUCUACUGUUAGAGGCUGGCGGCUCACCUCCUCCAGGAACAUCAGUUCCAUAUUUUAUAGGAGCCAUUGGCCAGGAUGCAUCAAUCAAUUACUUUUUCAAUUCGAUACCGCAGACUAAUGCAUCCUUGUCUUCUGAUGGGAUUGCAAAGUCAAAAACGGGAAAGAUGCUUGGUGGAUCGGGUUCGCACAACGACAUGAUACACUCGCGUGGCAAUCCACAAGACUACGAUAACUGGGCGGCUCUAUUGAAUGAUGAUAGUUUCAGCUAUUCCAAUGUUCUGAAGUAUUUUAGAAAAAUGGAAACUUUCGUCGGCGAAAAGUUCGGGACCGAGAGUGACGAGUUUUAUGGAAAAGAUGGACCGAUCAUGGUAAACUCCAACGAUGAUGUUCCGAUUCUUGAUCUGUGGUUUGACGCUGGAAAUGAACUCGGCUACUCAGUGGGCGAUCCAAACGGUUACCAAAGAGAAAGUUUUGCGCCACUCAAUUUGGCCGUGCGAAAUGGUAAACGAUCCAGUUCGUACAUUGAAUACAUCAAGGUCCAUGAAGGGUCAAGAAGCAAUCUGACAGUCAUUCGAUAUGCAAACGUUUCAGAGAUUUUACUGGACGAGGAUAAGAGAGCUUACGGAGUCGCGUAUAAGCGCCACGGAAUUCCGCAAAUUGCUCAUGCAUCCAAAGAAAUCAUUUUGAGUGCUGGUACAUACGGUUCGCCUUUGCUGUUAAUGAAAUCGGGAAUCGGUCCCGUUAGCGUCUUGAAUGCAGCGGAAAUCCCAAUCAAAGUUCCGUUGGAAGCGGUUGGUAAGAAUUUGGGUGAACAUCCACUGUUCGUUCUGCCAGGCUUCGCUGUGAAUGACUCGUCCGUAUUUCUCAAAGUCGAUUCGUCGCAGAUCGAUAAAAUUACCGAAGAAUUCCACAAUGACGGGGAUGGAGUGCUGACCAAAAAUACGGAAGCUCAGUGUCUCAUUGCCUCGUCGAAGGCUAGACCGGGCUGGCCUAACAUUUGGAUUGCCAUUCAUGCCCUACCGAGUGUGGACGGAACAGAAAUACUGAAUUUUUACACAUUUGUCGGACGACCGCAAAGCAAGGGAUCCGUCACUUUGGAUGCGGAAAAAUACAGAGCAGGAGUUCGAGACGACCAGCAACUAGCGUUGAUUGAUUACAGAUUUUUAACUGAUCCCGAGGAUGUCGACGCUCUGUUGGAAGCGGUGAAAUUCAUUUUUAAAAUCGUCGACACUGAUGCUUUUAAAAGCAUAAAUUUGACGUACAUCGCCGCACCGGAUCCAGCGUGUCAAGGCUAUGCAUUUUUGUCGGAUGAUUAUUGGACAUGUAAAUUGCACCAGGAUGUUAUGGCCAGCGUACACAUGGUUGGAACGUGUAGCAUGGGACCUGAUUCUGGCGACUCUGCCACAUCGGUCGUCGACACCCAGUUCAGGGUGCGAGGUGUGUCUAAUUUGAGAGUAGUCGACGCUUCGGUCAUGCCCGAAGUUACCAAUGCUAACAUCAACGCACCGGUGCUGAUGUUGGCUGAAAAGGCAGCUGAGGAUAUUGUCAGUUUAUACAAGGAUGUCAGACGAGAGUCGGAUUCGCCAUAUUGGCAACGGAACCGAUUCCAUCCGAAGAUUGUGCGACCCCAUACGAAAUCGCAAAGUUGAUAAUUGCCGAUGAUGUUAAUGAGACGAUGCGGUGAAAGGGUGUGUUAUAAUAGUAAUAGACUGAGUUUCGU